CUGAGGAGCAUAAACGAGUGCAUGAACAGUGGGAGAGAUCAAAUCGCAUGUCUCUUAUGAUCAUAAAAAAUUCCAUCUCGAUUGCUAUUCGUGGAGCCAUUCCGGAUUCGGACAAUGCGAAAACUUACUUGGACUCCGUAGAGGAGCAAUUCAAGGGCACCUCCAAGGCUCAUGCGAGUACAUUAAUCUUGCAAAUGUUGACAAAGAAAUAUGACGGUGUGAGUGGUGUGCGUGAGCACAUUAUGAUGAUGAGUGACAUGGCUAACAAACUUAAGAGUAUGGAUAUGGAGAUUAGCGAGGGCUUCGUAGUCCACUUCAUUAUGACCUCCUUGCCUGCACAAUUUGGUCCUUUUAAAAUUAACUAUAACACUCAAAAGGAAAAAUGGAAAAUGAGUGAGUUAAUUGCAAUGUGCGUACAAGAGGAGGAGUGCCUCAAAGUGGAAAAGCCCGAUGUCACCCAUCUCACAACCACAAACACUAGCAAGAGAAAGGGCAAGUUCAAGACCGGUGAAAGCUCAAAGGUCCACAAAAUUGGUACAAGUGCGGUCACAGGCUCAACCAAUGCCAAAGGUCCUCCUCGUUGUAAAUUUUGCCAUAAGAAAGGGCAUUUUCAACGAGAGUGCUCAAAAUUCAAGGAAUGGUUAGCCAAGAAAGGGAUUCCAUACAAUCCGGAGGUUGGAAAGAAACCAAAGGACCAUUAAAAUCGGGAAUGGUGAAGACAUUAAUGUUGAAGCUGUUGGUACCUUACCUUUAGUAUUGGAGGGUGACUUCUGCAUGUAUUUAUAUGACACAUUGUAUGUACCGAGCAUUACUCGGAAUUUAGUAUCUGUACCUAAGUUAAACAAUAAUGGUUAUGUAUUAACUUUUAAUAAUGGUAAAG